AGCGCUUCAGUCUGGCGGCAUGCUCAGCGCCCAGGAACGAGCCCAUAUCUGGGCAGUCUGGGACCUGAUCGCCGGCCAUGAGGCACAGUUUGGGGCGGAGCUGUGGCUCAGGCUCUUCACAGUGUACCCCAGCACUAAGGCCUACUUCCCCAAGCUGGGCGCCUGCCUGGACGAGACGCAGCUGCUGAGCCACGGACAGCGCACACUGGCGGCGGUGGGCGUGGCUGUGCAGUAUAUGGACAACCUGCGCGACGCUCUGAGCCCGCUGGCCGACUUGCACGCUCACAUGCUGCGUGUGGACCCGACCAACUUUCAGCUGCUGAUCCAGUGUUUCCAGGUCGUGCUGGCUUCCCACUUGCAGGACGAGUUCACAGUGGAGAUGCAUGCUGCAUGGGACAAGUUCCUGACAGGCGUGGCCGUGGUGCUGACUGAAAAGUAUCGCUGAGCCCUGUACCCAGCAGCCCUUGGUCUGUGCCUAUCAAUAAACAAAGGCCUCAAACACCUG